CCGUUGAACAAACAGAAGGACUUCAUGACCACUUUGCUAAGCUCCCUCUAGGAGAUGUGUCAAAGGUCAGACCUUUGGAUUACCUCUUUUCUGCUUUGCUGUCGACCUCGUCUUUAUGACAUCGUGUCCUGCAGGGUGGUGAACACGAGACAACUGCAAUGUUCAUCCCAUAGGAUACUCCUGUGCCAGAACUAAAUAUUGCCGUAUUAGCAGGUGACGAAUAGUUGCAAAAGGAUGUGUAUACAAAUAAACAAUCAUACAAGCUCGCAGCUUCCAGACAACAUAGGCGACUCGUUUUUGAGUGAGAGCUGUUCAGGGUUCACAAACAGGUUCGUUCCUUGUCGCAACAAAGCCAACAAGCAUCUUACAUCGCAGCUCCUCUGCCCAAGGUGAAGCAUCGACCAGCAGGCGCGAGCAGACUCCGCGUGGGCGCUUGCGCGAAACAUCUUCUCGUGCGAGCGGCGCGAGACAACGCGUUGUUUUGCGCGACCUGGCCUGGCAGUCUUGAUCGAUCAGUUAAUAGGUACCGCGGAUCGGAUUCGCUCCCAGCCACUGUUGCAUCUCAGAGCACUGCUCAGCCGGAAGAGAAGGAAAGAAGAAAGACCGUUCGCCAUCAACGAGGCAACCAUGUCCUUCCAGUCCAGAUUGUUUUGAGGGGAGGAGUGCGGCUUGCGUCGUGUGCUGUUGGGACUGCCGGUCAAAGGGUGCACAUCCGGGACAGGAGGGACACGUUUUGGGGAGCUAGGAGACGUUCCACGAUGUUUUCUCGUGCUGCAAGCGCGGGCAUCUUAACGAACACGCCGGACGCUGAGCUAUUUUUAGCCGUGCUCGCAUGCGUUUGCUUCAGGAACUCAGGGGCGGAGACUGGUCUCUGCGAGUCAUCCCCCUGUCAGAAUGGCGGAGUGUGCAACCAGGUGCUGACCACUUACUACUGCUACUGUCCGGACACCUACGAUGGCCGUGACUGCCAAAUCAAGCUCGCCCACCCGAAGCACGUCUCCUGCAAGUCGUCUCCUUGCAUCAACGGGGGCACGUGCCACCAACUGACGCACACCUACUAUUGCGAGUGCCCCAGCAACUACCGCGGCUCCAACUGCGAAAGCAAACUCGAACCAAGGGAGCACUGCCAGUCCUCGCCGUGUAAAAAUGGCGGCACGUGUUACGACUUGUUGUUCACCUACUACUGUGAGUGCCCUCGCCACUACCACGGCAACGACUGUCAGAUUCGAGAAGUGCUUCAGAAACACUCCUGUGACUCCUCCCCGUGCAAAAACGGCGGCACGUGCCAGGAACUGGACUUCACCUAUCGCUGCGUGUGUCGCGAGGGCUUCCUGGGUCUUAACUGCGAAGUAGAAAACGUGUUAGCAGACUACUGUUCCUCGAUUCCGUGUCAGAACGGAGGUGUGUGCCACAACACGGAGCUUUUCCGGUACAUCUGUGUCUGUACCAAGGACUAUCGCGGACGGAACUGUGAACUCAAGAAGCACUCGACACCAACCCCGUUUGUUGAACACCAUGGUGAAGGAGGCUUCUACCCGCUGGACGACCCACGAGCGGUGUCAGCCGUGGCCACAGCCGGAAUCUACUCUGGCGUGGCUCUGGGCUGCGUGGGUGUGGUGCUCAUCAUCUUCCUCUUUUGGCGCCGGAAGUGCGUCAUGUUGGCCAUGUGCUACGAUACCUCUGACGACACCCCGGCAAACCCACAGGAUCACCCUAGCAACGGCGGCCGCCCUCCAGAGUACAGCAGCCUGCUACCUCCUGCUGUACCCGCUCCGGAAGACAUGCCGCAGCGCGACUACACGGCGGCUGUCGCCGGCGGCAGCGGCAGCGACAGCGGCGGGGCCAGCGGAGUAGGGAGGGAUCGGCCCCCGUCGUACCGCACCGCGACGCAGGUGUUGCUGCCCCACGCGUGUGUCGCACGUUCGCGGCAGACGCAGUGGGGCUGGACCGUCGUUAAGUGCGGGGCCCAGGAAGAUGGCGUCCAUGGCUGUGACCGGAUGCUGCUGCAGGACGCGUCCACGCAGGCGCCACCGGUCUGCCGCACAGUGCCAGAAGACAUCGUCAUCGAUGACAGCGACAGCGAACCGCCCCCGUCCUACGAGGAGGCCAUACGUGAUUCGAACGUGACGUAGUAAUGUGACGAUGGCAAACUUUCCCCCUGCUCCCUCCCCAGGUUUGGUCUGGACGUGCAACAGGCAGUGGAGAUCGCGCCCACGUGGCCUGAUUAUCAACAUAUCAAGACUUCUUUGACACAUUUAGUGCCGGGGUCAGAGUUCGAACGAUAUUUUGAGUUGUGGAGAAAUGUCAGUUAUACGGGUUACAACGAAAAGUAGAAAGGCAGAGAAAGAAUGUAGAAGAAAGAGGGAAAGAGUAAAGGCGGAGAAGUUAGGAUGUCAUUAACGUAGAUGCUAUUGUGCUUUUACAAAGGUAUCUCAAAAGGGAGUAGAAUGGAAGUUGUAUCUGACCUGGCAUCCUGUUUCUGUUAAAAACAACGAAGUAGACUGCCAUUUUCUGAAGUUCCUUUCUUGACAGUCCACUUCCUUCUGCCUUACAUUUCUAAAAUAAUGUGCGCUUGCGCAAAGUUAUGAAGCAAGAUGGCGUCUUCGCAACUUGGCAACAGGGAGAAGAAUGAAAGAAAAAAAAGCAACAGCUUUCGAAGAGACUUAAUAGGUCCGGAGUGCUGGAGUAUAAGACCCGAGUGUGUAGUAGCCGGCCAAGAAAGAGGAGAUGAUAUGACAAACUAUUCUCCCGUCUGCUAGUUGUGGAGAUGAUGUUAAGAUAUCAA